UCAACCACCUUAUAAAUACUGCCCCUCCUCGCUGCGGUCUCAAGGGUCCUCACGAGUACCUUGAUCGCUAUUGCUAUUGCUAAUUAUUCAACCCAAUCACAUCCACAUCCAAACAUGCCGUUGACCGGUCACUGUCUGUGCAAGGCCGUCACCUACACCAUCGAGGUGGAGGAGCCCGCCCUGGUUGGCUACGACCACUGCGACGAUUGCCAGCGCCAGAGCGGUUCGACCUAUUCCCUGGUCGCUGUGGUCCCCAAGGACAAGCUCACCAUCAAUGGCCCCACCAAGAGCUGGGCGGGCAAAGGUUCUUCGGGCAAAGCCGUGCAUCGCAUCUUCUGCUCGGAAUGUGGCUCGCCCAUCGCCCAUGACCCGGAUGCGGCCCCGGAGAUCAUCGCCAUCAAGGCGGGGACCUUGGACACGGACAUCAAGAAGAAGCUGAAGCCGGACACGGAGAUCUGGACGGUCAGCAAGUUGCCCUUCUGUCAGGAACAUUUGGCCAAGCCAUUCCAGCAUAUGCCGGAGUAAUUGAGGGGGGAUUUGAUGGGAUGGAGGAUGGGAAAAUGAAUACCAUGGCUACUUAAUGUAUGAAUGAAUUUUUCCUGCCAAUAUG